AUGAAGAGCGACAAAGAACUCUUAUCAAGUAUUAAAAUUUCUGAUAAAGCUACCAAUAAUUCUUUUACCUCUACUCACGACAAAGAGAAAUAAGUUAUUGAAAGACUUUUAAUUUAAUCUUAAGACUUUACGAGAUCUGAAACUGCACCAACCUCACCAAAGAAUGGUGCAACUUCUAUUGUAUCAAUAGAUGAAGCUAUAAAAAUGACGUAAAAGUAGUAGAGUUGGUUUUAGAUAAUAACUUUCGUAGUCAUAUCAGUUCCAAUAAUGAUGAGCGUUACAAUUCUUUACUCAAUACACUAUUUGCAAUUAGAGCCAAAGCUUUUGUGCUCACUCGAUGGAAAGUUCUAUCCUUGUGAUAAAUAAGAAUACUGUUCCUUAGAAAUUGGAGUGACUUCCAAAAUAGAUUUAGAUAAUCCCUAUACCCUCCAUAAUUGGAUCAUAGAUUUAGACUUGGUAUGCGCUCCUUAGUGGAAAGUGGCAAUGCUUGGUGUUAGUCUCUAUAUUGGCUACUUUGUGGGAUCUCUUUUUGUGGGUCCUUAUGCAGAUAUCUACGGAAGGCGCAAAAUUUUUCUUCUGACAUCAUUAGUUUUCAUGAUUUCCAAUGGCUUAAUGCUAGUACUCUUAAAUGUGUACGCCUACUCAUUUUUAUUGUUCAUUUAUGGAAUGACUGGGUCAGGAAGGAUGAUUGUUGGUCACAUUUAUGCUACCGAGUUCUUUGGCGGAUAAUCAAAAGGCUAGCAAGUCAUGACCACUGUUAUUAAGGUGAUGUGUGCAGCCACACCUAUCUUUACUACUACUCUUUUCCUAUAUAUAACUAAAAGCUGGGUAGUACUAUAUGUUAUUAUGCUAUCCCUUACUGGAAUCGGCUUUAUCUUCAGUAUUUUCGUUCCAGAGUCACCAAAAUAUCUUGUAAAUAUUGGAAAGUAUGAUGAGGCCAAAGAAAUAAUUCAAAAUAUGAGCAUGAUCAAUAACAAUUCUAGAUUAGAUUUUAUUUUGAUAAAUGAGAUAGAGCAAAAAGAUAAUAAUUUAUCAUAGUAAAAGAAAAUUACUCCUUAAAUGGGACUUUAUCAAAAAUUCAUAUCACUUUUGAGGAAUUCAGACAAAGUUCUAAUGAAGAGAUUCUAUAUAAUGUGUGCUAUGUGGUUUUUAGGUUACUUCGGAUUUAUCUUCAUGAAGCUUUAAAUAAAAAAUAUUAGUGGGGAUGUAUUUUAGAACACAAAUUUUGCAGCAUUGGCUGAUGUUUCAGGAACUCUAAUAAUCGGUGUGAUAAAUCUGUUCCUAGGAAUCAGACUAGCAUUCUUCAUCUCAUUUAUGAUUAGCGUCGUCUUUGGCAUUUUACUAAUGAUCUUCCAAUCUCAAACUAACGAAAACAUCAUAUCAGCUCUUGUAUUCUUCUCGAACUUUGGAGUAUCAGCUGCUUAUUUGAUCUGUCUGAUCGGUGCAGUGACAUUAUUCCCUACAAAAAUCAAAGCGACUUCAUACUCUCUAGGAAACAUGAUGAGCAGAUUUGCAGGAAUAUUUGCUCCAGUCUUUGUAGAAGCAUCUGCUCCUAUUCCGAUGCUAACUUUUAUAUCGGUAAGCGCUUUAGGAGCUGUCAUAUCUUUAGGACUCGAUACCACUAUCCCAGUCGAGUGA